CGUUGCGCGGGCAUCCGGCAGUAAAUACCCCAGAGCUGACGCCGACGGACGGGAGCUUUGGGCCGGCUGCCGCCAGUCCCAGCAGGAUAGCGCUACACCUUUACCUACUACAUAAUUCCGCACGUAUGCACAAAACUUACGUGAACAUUAUCAAGAUGAAGACUCAAUGACAAUGUUUCCAUUGAGGACUAUCGGGUUCCGAUAGAGACUGGUAACCUGCCUAGUGGGCUAUCGGAAAUGAUGCUCAAAGCGCAAGGACUAGUUCUUCAAUGGUUGGGAUUUCGUUUGAAGCGACUUUUGAUAUUGGGAAGAAGUUUGUUAGGACUGUUAUGGAGCAUAUCGCACGCUGCAUUGGACACGACUGUUCAUCGGAUUCUUUGCUCAGAUUCAAAGCACUGUCAUCUCUGUCCUACCGGCCGAUACCGCCCUCAAGGAACCAAUACGCCACCUUAUUCAGGUCGUCAUACAACGGUACCAACGUCAAUUAUGCGUCAAAUUCAUCAUCGGCACAUUUCAAUCAAGCUGCGAGCAGUGAUACGUUGAGAUACAUCCUCCCCGUUUCGUUCUCGCCCCCAUCUUUCCUCCAUUACGACCAUACACACCACGAUCACUUUGAGCGGGGUGAGGCUACGCAUAUCUACUUAGUACAAUACAAGCCCUUUGAUCGGAAAUCAACUGUACAUAGGGAUUUGAUUUCCCCUAUUACCUGGACAUGUUAUGGGACGUACGUACCAUGGAGGAAGGCAACAUUUUGAUGUCUGACACGGGUUAGAGUGGAGUAGCAAAAUAAUGAACCAAAAAUUGUUGUACUUACGCUAGAUGAUAGUGGAUGUAUGUACUCUACGCGAUCGGGGAAAAAGUUGGUGAUU